UCGACGCCACUUGCAUUCGCGCCUCGCUGCGGUACGCACCUGUCACUCGCUUCCAGCAUUCAGAAGCCGCCGCGAUGGCUCGCAGCGAGGCGUCACUGAAGUCGGACCCGCGCUUCGGGUUGGACUCCCGCUGGAGCUGGGUGACGGCGGGCUUCCUCAGCUGGCUGCUGUGCGGCUCCAUGAUGACGCAGCAGUCCGCGGGCGUGCUCUUCUUUGGCAUCGUCGACACGUACGGGGUCAGCAGGGAAGAGGCCUCCUGGCCACUCGUCCUCUGCGCCAGCGUCGUUUGCCUCACAGGUCCCGUGAUCGGAUAUCUCUGCCAGCGUUUCUCUUGUCGGCCGGUGCUGAUGUUCUUCUCUUUCGCCUCUGCAAUCUCAGUUUGCGCCUGUUACUUCGCAAACAGUGUCCUCUUCCUCACAAUAGUCCUGGGAAUUGUGCAUGGAGCUGCGGUGUCAGGAGUGUUCGUCGGCGUCCAAGUGCUGGCGUCGCAACACUUCGAGAAGCGGCGCGCCACGGCCUGCAGCCUCAUGUUCACCUUGUGCGCCGCAAACAUGUUCUUAUCCGCCCCAUUAGCCGACUUGUUCCGCGUCACCUAUGGCAUCAGGGGCACGUUCUUGCUGCUGGGAGGCCUCAUCCUGAACACAUUUCCAGCUGCCAUCGCCGUCCAAAACCCGGCCUGGAUGGAACUUAGGAACAAGAAUUCUUCCGUCAGCAAGAAAGGCGAGAGUUACCCAGAGACCGAGAAGUCCGCAGUAGCUCCCUUGCUGACGGCAUAUCCCGAGAAAGAACAAACUGCUCCAGAGGAGGGAAAGAAAACCAUUUUAGAAAGUAUCACUUUGGUGCCUGUACCAAAAGCUAUCGUGGUCCCCAAAUACGCGCCGAACCUCAGGAACUUUUGCUCGCUCCUUCGAUCCACGACCAGCGCGAAAGCAGAAAAAGGAGUCCUCCAGGACUUGACAGCAAACGCGAGACUCUUCGGAACGUGGCGAUUCGUGCUGGACUCGCUAUCUUUUUCGGUGAUAAUCUUCGGACUGACGACCUACUUCAUGCUGUACGUGGACCUCGCCACCGAUCGGGGUGUCCUGCCAACCCGCGCGGCCUUUCUCGUGUACGCCUUCGCGGCUGGCGACCUUGCGUGCAGGGCUCUAAGUGGUGUCGUGAUAGACUGGGGCCUGUUGACGCUCGACUCUGUGAUGCUCUUAGGAUACGUCCUUCAGGCCGCCGGCUUCGAGCUGUUCGUGUGGCUCAGGACGUUCCCCACGAUGAUGGCCUGUUCGGCACUCAUAGGUAUCAGCAACGGGUUCAGGCAUUCGCUGCAGGCGCCGCUUCUCGUCCAGGACUUCGGAAUACAGCACCUGCCCGUUAUGAUGGGUGCCCUUUCCUUCUGCAACGGCCUGGUGCUCUUGUUCAGGCCGAUGUUGGUUGGCUACUACCGGGACCAGCAGGGAUCUUACGACGGUCUCCUUCACAUUGCGGCCGCCGUGAACGCCUCUCUUUGCCUUCUCUGGGCGAUAAGAAUAUUUAGCGAGCGCAGACGAGAGUGGACACGCUGCGACCACUCCAAGCAGCGCCAAGUGGAAGUUGGCCUCUCUUGAGUCGUCCGUCGAGCGUAAGAGAAACAGCUGUGCUUUUCGUCGAUUGUGUGCUUCCAGUCGGGAGGAGAAUCGACCCGGGCCUGCUCGAGUGCGAAGCGACGCCUCCACGCGUGUGCAGUGGCGUUGUGAGAGCUCACGUGCUCCCACGACGUCUCUAGCGAGACCUGCUCAAGGAAGAUAUCGGCCGACACGUACUCAGGAAGGGGUUGGUGCCCGCCUCUGCAGAGAGUCCUGUCGCACUGGGUCGCGCCCCGCGCGCUCCAUGUGAUGUUUACGGAGGCAGCCGCAAGUGUCGCCUUUCGCAACAGUGUACAUACUGUAUGUUUUCGUAGUUCUCCGUUGCGGAAAGUGCAAAGGAAACGGGACCGUGUAAAGGAACACGCGAGUGCUCCCGUGUCUCUGGCGACUAUGGUGUCCCCGUUUUGUCAUCAGUGUCUGUA